CAGUUAAACUACUUAGUGUUGGCCCCCAAUGACAGACCCCUUAAGUUAGUGUCUACUGUACCAUAAUAUGUACACACCAGGUACGAGUACGAGGCCCUGUGGACUGUUGAUAAGGCGCCCCACAAGACGAAGGCACACGCCACUGCUUAGUCGGGGAAAAGGAACAUCCCCAACAGCUACAACAUGGAAAUCAGAUUUCCAUCUGCAAGAAACGGCUGCUGAGGAACUGCAAUCCUUUGAGGAGGUCUUUCGCUCGCACUCGGAUCGGUGAUUUCUUGGCCAGACAUAAGCCUCGCAUCGGCGGAGUGUGCCAGAUACAUUGUUCGAUCGAUGCCACCACGCUUAGCUCAUCGAAAGUCCCGCAGAGGCUGUCUUCGGUGCAAGGAACGAAAGGUCAAGUGCACAGAAGAACAUCCCUCUUGUGCAGCUUGUCUCCGCCAUGGAGUGGCGUGCGAGUAUGGGGACACUUCCAGAACAAGCGCCGUGCAUGAAGGCACAACAUCAGGCACAUCUUUGGGCACGCAACGCUCGAGGACAGUGUCCCGAACGACGUCCGAACUCUUACAGCCAACCACCACAGGCCAGACCGCCAACAAAAGUUCAAGCACAGGUCCGCCCAGCGGUCUGGACAGUCCAUACUCAGAAGUCGUGGACAGCUUGAUCGCCGAUCCCCUCCGGCCCCAGAUCGACUUGUAUCUGCUCCACCGAUUCAAGUCGUCGGUAGCAGCCUCGUUCCCGUCGGCCCAAAGCCCACUCCUCAAGAAUAUGUACGUGUGGAGCGCGGUCGAAGAGUCGUUCGACCACCCCUACCUCAUGAACGCCAUCUUCGCCAUUACGGCGCUGUACCUGUGGGUUCACGACACCUUCCAAAUGACCAGCCCGCCGACCCACGCUGCCACAAACCUCCCCGAGUCGCUCAAGUCAGUCAACUUUGCGCGCCUGCACCGCGUGUACCUCAACCUGGCCAUCGGCCAGGAACGCGAGGCUUUAUCCGCCAUUAGUCCCGACAACGCCGACUCAUUGGGGAUGACCUGUGUUUUGCUCUCAGUGAUGUCGAUAUGCUUGUUAUCCGGUACGCACCUGGACGACGAAGGUCUUGCAGAGUACACUCCGCCAAUCCAAUGGCUCACCAUGGCCAAGGGCAACGAGGCCGUCUUCAUAGCCGCGGUCCCGCACCUGAGAGAAGGAGCCAUCAUGAAUUAUCUCAGGACCUCAUCGGAGCCCAACUUCCGCGACCACUCCCGUCUAUUCGACCCGCACAACGCCUUGCCAUUCACCAAAAUACUCGACUUUCGACGCCAGGGCUGCGACUAUGACUGGCAAACGGAUAGUGAGCCGACGAACCGUGAGGCAUAUGCCAAAACCAUGGCGCUUGUAGGCGCUAUGUACGACGCCGUCAGAGCAGGCGAACCCUCGCAUUAUAUCUGCAUGAGAUGCGUCUCGUUCGCCACGAUGGUCCCCAGACCGUUUGUGGCGCUACUCGCUAGCAAGACUCCCAGGGCGUUGGUCGCGAUUGCCCACGCCCUCGUCUUUCUCAAGUACAGCGAUGACUAUUGGUUCUUCAGAGGCCGCGCGGAGAAGGAGCUUGCUGGUAUUCGAAUGACGGUGCCUGAUGACUGGCAGUGGGCUUUGCGCUGGCCGUUGGCCGUGCUUGCCGACAAGGAGAAUAUAAAGCUGGAUCCUAGGGAUUAUUACGACGACUGGCGCGCGAACAAGAUGACCGAGACCAUGGCUGACGACCUAGCACAUCAAUUCCCAUUAUGACGUCUUCACAGUCAGGAAACCUGAAACGU